CCUUACAACACACACACACACACACACACACACACACACACACACACACACAGAGUUUUCCUGUUAUGCACUCAAGCAGUAGGUUGAAAGACUUGAUACAGGUUACACGUCGUUUUCUAGUGCAUUCUCAUGUGAGUGUGUGUUGUGGUGUCACAUGAGGGAAGCAGGUGUGCUGUAGGCUGACAACCGUUUUGGGUUACCUCAGAGCAACACACGCCCCACAUCCCACCAUGGCAUCCAACCCACAUCACCACGUGGAGGAAUUUCAUGAGGCAAUUAAACACCAAUCAACAGCGGAACUGGUCAUUGCUGUAGAGGAAGGAGACGAGACAAGGGUGAGGUCAGCACUCGACAAGGGUGCCCGGUCUGAGGUCACCGUCCCCACUAAUGCUGGGAUGUCAUGUAGUCUGCUGACUCUGGCUGCCAGCGAGGGCCACGACCACCUGUUACCUCACUUACUGCAGGCGGGAUUAAGCAUAGAAGGUGGAGGCACCACUGACUGGACACCGCUGAUGGUGGCUGCCCAGCGUGGCCACGCCCAUACAGUGAAGGCGCUGCUGGACCUUCGUGGUAACCCUCUAGCCAUGAACAGUAGAGGAUGGACAGCCCUACACUUUGCUGCAAUGGAGGGCCACCAGCAAUGUGUGGCGGCCCUCUUGCCCUUUACCCCUCCCACUCCCGCACACCUCGAGGCACCCACCCCAGUGCACGCCGCCAGUUAUCAUGGCCACGUGGAGGUACUGGAGCAGCUGGAAGGUGCUGGCUGGCCCCUCACCGCCAGGGACAGUGAUGGCAACACACCCAUGCACUGUGCUGCGGCCGGGGGUAGCGUGACAUGUGUGCAAUGGCUGGUGCAGCGAGGGGGUGACACGAGCAUACAAAAUAAUGCUGGACACACCCCGCUUGACCAGGAACUGGUCAUUGCUGUAGAGAAAGGAGACGUGGCAAGGGUGAGGUCAGCACUCAACAGGGGUGCCCGGCCUGAGGUCACCGUCUCCACUAAUGCUGGGAUGUCAUGUAGUCUGCUGACUCUGGCUGCCAGCGAGGGCCACGACCACCUGUUACCUCACUUACUGCAGGCGGGAUUAAGCAUAGAAGGUGGAGGCACCACUGACAGCACACCGCUGAUGGUGGCUGCCCAGCGUGGCCACGCCCAUACAGUGAAGGCGCUGCUGGACCUCCGUGGUAACCCUCUGGCCACGAAUAGUGACGGAUGGACAGCCCUACACUUUGCUGCAAUGGAGGGUCACCAGCAAUGUGUGGCGGCCCUCUUGCCCUUUACCCCUCCCACUCCCGCACACCUCGAGGCACACACCCCGGUGCACGCCGCCAGUUAUCGUGGCCACGUGGAGGUACUGGAGCAGCUGGAAGGUGCUGGCUGGCCCCUCACCGCCAGGGACAGUGAUGGCAACACACCCAUGCACUGUGCUGCGGCCUGGGGUAGCGUGACAUGUGUGCAAUGGCUGGUGCAGCGAGAGGGUGACCUGAGAAUGCAAAAUAAUGCUGGACACACGCCGCUUGACCUGGAGCUGGUCUCUGCUGUAAAGGAAGGAGACGAGGCAAGGGUGAGGUCGGCACUCGACAAGGGUGCCAGGUCUGAGGUCACCGUCUCCACUAAUGCUGGGGUGUCAGGCAGUCUGCUGGCUCUGGCUGUCAACGAGGGCCACGACCACCUGUUACCUCACUUACUGCAGGCGGGAUUAAGCAUAGAAGGUGGAGGCACCACUGACAGGACACCGCUGAUGAUGGCUGCUCAGCGUGGCCACGCCCAUACAGUGAAGGCGCUGCUGGACCUCCGUGGUAACCCUCUAGCCAUGAACAAUAGAGGAUGGACAGCCCUACACUUUGCUGCUUUGGAGGGCCACCAGCAGUGUGUGGCGGCCCUCUUGCCUGUCACCCCUCCCACUCCCGCACACUUCGAGGUACACACCCCGGUGCACGCCGCCAGUCAUGCUGGCCACGUGGAGGUACUGGAGCAGCUGGCAGGUGCUGGCUGGCCCCUCACCGCCAGGGACAGUGGUGGCAUCACACCCAUGCACCGUGCUAUGUAUAGGGGAUGUGCAGCAGCUGUGCAGUGGCUGGUGCAGAGAGGUUGUGACCCACACGUGCAAACGAAGGAUGGACACACCCCGCUGAUGUUGGCCGUGCAGCAUGGCCACCACGAGGUGGAGACCUGGCUGAUUAAAAAUUGCAGCGGUGUAGUGAGGAGAAAGACUCGGCGUGUGGAAGAAGUGAGGGAGUGGCGGGUCCAGCAUGAACACCUACACAACACAGUCUUGUCCAUGCUGGUGGAGGGCAACAUGUCAGAUAUGGCCAACAUCCCAAAGGAUUUUGAUGGUCACGCGCUAAGCCAGGAUGGCCUGACGCCUCUCCAUGCCGCGGCCCUGUGCGGGAGCCCCAGUGAUGCUGUGGAGGCUUUGCUGCGACGCGGCGUGAGCCCUCAUGUGACCACCCCUGACAACAUGACCCCCGCUGACCUGGCACGGCAGAAAGGGCAUGACUCAGUGAUUAAGGGACUACAGCACCACAACUGUGUACAGAGCUACAAGCUUCCUGAAGAACUGCAUGAGGAAUUGCUCUCAACAGUCAGUCGCUGGGACGACGUGCAGGCGGUGUCCAUCCUCCUGUGUAAGGGCGCGCCUAUAGAGCUCCUGUGUGGCCUUUCCGUCCUCAGACUGGCUGUCACCACCGACCGCAUAAACACCGUCAGCCUGCUGCUGGCUAGCAGUGCACCACUGCCUGCCAGCUUGCUGCAGGAGGCUUGGCAGAGCCCCGACGUGACUUACAGGGUGCUGGCCCUACUCACCACCGUGAGUACCCUUCCCUGUCUCACAGAACUACCUCACUUUAUAAAGAUGAGGACGAGCACCGGUACUGGACCCAAGUCUCAGCGGUGGCUCCUCUGCAGAGUGGAAAGUGUUUGAACAACUUGGGUGAGUUAUAGGUCUGUUAGUUGUAGAGGACAAGCCUUUGUGUUUCAGUACCGUCAGUUUCAAGUUUUAGUGCUGCACAUGACAGACCUGCAGCACACCAAAGCUGCCCAACAUUAGAGAUCAUGCAACAGAAUCUUAUAAUUUCAUAAAAGGACACUUCAGUGUAAUGUUUAGAACAAGCAAUGAAAUAGAUCUCAUAAUAGUUGAAUCCAUGUUAAUUCAUCAUUAUAAUCCUAAAGGUAAUUGUAAUAAUGCUUGUCAAACCUAA